AUGCGCGCGCCCGAGCAGUUCCCGUCGGCGGCCUUCCCAGAGCCUCCCCGCUACUGGGCAGCGCUGGGGACAAACCUUUGCGACGCGUUUCCGCAGAGCCCCACGUGGCCGUGGCUGCCGGCACGUGGGCAGCGGGCGCAGAGGCAGCAGCGGCGCUGUUCCGGGCUCCCGCCCCACCCAGCGCCAGGCCACGCCCAGACGCGUGACAUCAGCACGCCCCGUGCGUCGCGUCACGUCGCGUCGCGGCGCUCACUGGGGGCCCGGCUUUCGCCCGCUGCUGCCGCCGCCGCCGCCGGCCGCGGCUGCUCUCGCAAGAUGGCGGCUCCUCCGGAAUGUCCUUCUUCAAGUGGAAAGCCCAACCACGCAGACAUCUUGCUCAUAAACUUACAGUAUGUUUCAGAAGUGGAAAUACUUAAUGACCGCACAGAGACCCCUCCUCCUCUAGCUUCACUCAAUGUUAGUAAGCUUGCCAGCAAAGCACGGACAGAGAAGGAGGAGAAGCUGAGCCAGGCCUAUGCAAUCAGCGCUGGUGUUUCCCUAGAGGGCCAGCAGCUCUUCCAGACCAUUCACAAGACUAUUAAAGACUGUAAAUGGCAAGAAAAAAACAUCGUAGUCAUGGAAGAAGUUGUUAUUACACCCCCCUAUCAAGUGGAAAACUGUAAAGGCAAAGAAGGGAGUGCACUGAGCCAUGUACGCAAAAUAGUUGAAAAACAUUUUAGAGACGUGGAAAGCCAAAAGAUACUGCAGCGUUCACAAGCCCAGCAACCACAGAAGGAGGCUGCCCUGUCAUCCUGAGUCCACACACCUGGAGGACUCUUCCAAGAUCCAGCCCGGGAGGCGGCCGUGGCUGCAGCGGAGCAGGCCGGGGGAGGGGAGGGAUCCUAUAGUUCCUAUUGGCUCUUGUUAACGAAGGGCCAGCGUUUCCAAAUCUUAGACUUGAACAAACAAAACACCCAACACAAAAGAACAAGAGAAUAAUUUAAAAGUUGAAUCAUUACUUGACUAACCGACUGCGGUCCACCGUGUCCUUUCACAGCCCCUUCUGGAACAGUCACCUUGUUAGUUUUAUUUUUGAACAUGCCCAUUCCUUCCCGCUCUGCUCUUCCGACUCUUGACUUUUCCUGUCCUGGGUCUGUUCCCUGUUCUUCUGUUUUUAUAAGUGGCUACACUUGCCUUCUGAGUGAUUGAAAGAAACUUUGACAUCUUCUCUCCCAAAAUAAAAGUAACAAGCUGACUGUGA